GAAAAUCCUGCAAGUCUUAUUGAACAGUUGAAGAAUUUCAGAACAUUUACUUUGAACAAAACUUCUCGACCUCCUCUUGAUAUGGUGCCUUACCAACGUUUGCUUUGGUUAUUGGACUCCGACUACACUCAAAAAAUUCAUGUUAUUCUUCCUGGAUUGAUUCAAGAUGCUAUUCAUCAAUGGCAGCAACGAUUAUGGCGAUCAAGCAUUGGACAAUCAACAUUAUAUCAAUUAACUUCUUCGACAAAGGAAAAGAACUUGACAAUCUCGGAUGGAUCUCUUAGUUUAUUUGAAAGUGUUGAAUCUUUGGCCUGUCUCAAUAUCCUUUGUUCCAUUGAUCAAAUUGCGACUGAUAUGUUGGAUAGCUCAUUGACCCAGUUGAAAGAUUUGAAAACAUUUUUGUCUUCUCAUGUGAACAAGACGGAUCGAAAGUCUUUGGAAAUCAUUAUGUUGGUGACCAUGUCAUACCAAUUAUUCACAGCAUCUUCAGCACUUGUACCUACUCAAUUGAAAGAUGAUAUGUCGACUUAUCUAGAAACAAUUUUAUCGUAUGCCAACAAUCUGUCUGAAAGAGAUAUCUAUACAAAGUCUUCCAUCUCAAAUUCUGAUUAUGAUCUAGUGUUCAAAUCCUUGGAACAUAUGAUUCAACAACUAAAAGAAUACAACUUCAAUAGCAUUUAUAUAUCAGGAAUCAAAUCUCUCUUGGAUACCAUUCGACACCAUCAAAUGAAUACAGAUGCUAUGUUCUUCCAUUCUGCUGGUAAAACACGUACUCUUCUUGGCCUUUCCUUUAUUGCUUGUUAUAUACCUGAUUAUCCUGCUGAUCCUACUUCGGAACCUCGACUUCAUGUGAAUUUGUUGACAAGAAAGAAACAACAACAUACAAAUGUUAUUGAUACUCGCCGUAACAUCGAAACUAUCUUGACUGGAAAUGAUACCAAUUCAACAAUCCAAGUUGAACAAUCCAAGCUCCAAAUCAUCGAUGAUCAACUGUCAAAAUCGAUCACUACGUUUUCUUUACGACCUAAUCAAUCUCAACUGGAUGAUAUAUUCGUGGAUUUACGAUAUUUGCAAAGUAGCAUGUUGGAAAAGAACGUCGAAUCUCUUGUACACGAUUUGGGACAUGUGUCUUCUGAUAAUGAAACAACAAUUCAACGGGAACAAUUACUUCAAGGCAAUGCUCUUCAAUUUAUUGAUCGUAUUCAAGCGAAAUAUCCUUUGUACCGUGAUAUUUUACAACCUCUUCUUGUAGCAGUGGAUGACAUCAAGUAUGGUUUGCGCCUUAUGUCCUCUCUUCAACGCCGCAAUCCUAUGGAUUCUUUCCUGGCUCAAGUCAUUCAACUUCUUAUUCGACAACCUGAUGUGUCACACCAUCCUCAAGAUCUUGACUGGCAUACUUUAGCAACUCCAGGAAAAUUAGAUGCUGUGAAGGCUGUUAUAUUUGAACGUGCUCCAAUCAGUAGAAAAUGGGCUUUCUAUCUUCGACUAUUGAUCGUGGUUCUUCAACAUCUCACUAUCGGUAUUUACAACGCUGGUUAUAUUCAAGCUACUGAUUUGGAUUCUCUAAAUGUGGUGUUCUCCGAAAUUGUACUUAUCUGGAAGGCGGCUCAAGAAUAUAAACGUCAGAAGGAUGCGGAAAAGGAACAACUUUACAAGACACGUGCCAAGAAAUAUGAAUCAGCAACGGAUGAAGAAAGAGAUGAAAUGGAUAUGAAGAAGGUAUUUGCUGACUUUAACGACGACUUUGCUGACCUUACUAUCGACGAUGAUGUCAACAAAACCAAAUCCACUAUUCCUGCCGAUGUAGAAGAAGAAUCAGUACUUGAUGCCAAAGAUAUUCAAAAAAUUGGACGAUUACAUCGAACCUUAUUUGAAGACUUCAAGUACAAUGGUAUUUCUCGACAUGGUACUCAAAAUUGGAACCGGGAAACUCUAGAAUCAUAUGCUAUUGCUGGACAAUUGUCUAAUCUCGCCACUUCUGCUUUUGGAAAUACUACUGAUCGAGUUUGUCAUGCUGGUCAUUUACGUGUUACUGAUAUUGCUAUUCGACGAUUGGAAUCCAAUGAUUCAUUCUCUGUAUCAAGCGAUGAUAUUUACGACUUUUAUACAUGUGAAAAUAUUGGAGAAGCAAAAUUAGUGGAACCUGUUAUCCGUCGUUUCAAGACUAGGGUGAAUACUAUCUUAUCUGAUUGGCCAGAACAUGCUAUUCUUCAACAAUUGAUAACCAUCUGUGAUCGUAUUCUUGGAUUUUCAAUCACUUCGCCUGUAGCCAAGUUUCUGACUGGUGUUGAACUAUUAUUACAAAAAUCAGAAGAUUGGGAAGCCUAUGCUGCGAAACAUGUAUCUAUCAAGACAGAACGUGAUGAACUGAUUGCUAUGAUUGUGCGAUGGCGACAACUGGAAUUGAAUUGUUGGCCCAAACUCCUUGCUGUUCAAGAACAAACUUGUCAAGAUUCCGUUUUCGAUUGGUGGUUCCAUUUAUACGAUGCUGUCAACAACUCUGACUUCACAGGUGAUGAUCAAACCCAAGUUGAGAAAAAUACCAAGGAUUUGUUAGCAGCAUUAGAUCAAUUUAUGCAAAGCUCAUCACUGGUUGAAUUUGGACCUCGACUGAAAAUGGUGGAUUCUUUCUAUCGACAAACUCUACUUCAAGCUCGUGUUGCCUCGACAGAUGAUGAACGCAAAAACUAUGUCAAAAUUUCGACUAUUCUUCGAAACUCGUAUUUGUACUACACUCAAUUCCAAGAUCAUGCUCAAGUGAUGUUGAAACAACUGCGAAAACCUAUUGAAAAAGAUCUCAAGGAUUAUGUCAAGAUUGCCACAUGGAAGGAUGUGAACAUCUAUGCUUUGAAACAAAGUGCCUACAAGACCCAUCGACAACUUCACAAGUGCAUCCGAAAGUAUCGCGACAUUCUCAACAAUUCGAUGCUGACGGUUAUUGCCAACUACAAUGAAGAGCGUGCUAUGUUCCAAUACGGUGAUGAAAAGCGUUAUAAUGACAUCAAUCAAGGAUUUAUGGAUCAAUUGGCUCAACCUCGACUUUGGAUUGUUUCGACAACGGUACGCGAUAUCACCAGCAAUUUUGAAUAUGAAAAUGAUGCUCCUCAGGUCAAGCGACAUUUGAUGAAUCUCAACAAUACUUUAUCAAGAAUGCAAGAUAUUUGUCGUGAAUCUAUUUUGAAACCUAAAGAUGGUGCUAUUUUACCUUUGGAAUCAUUCAUGACUGAAAUCAUUGGACAAAUCAAGAAUUUCCAAAAAGAAACACCUUCUGUGAUGACAGAUGAAAACAAGUCUAUGGUGAAGCAUCAAAAACUUCUCAAGAAGAAAGCUAUGGUCGACUUUUUGAAGGAACUCAAGCGAUUAGGUCUCAAAUGGCGUACAUCGGGAACAUUGAUACAACAAAAUGCUGACACUUCUAUCUUGUUCAUUGAAGCUGUGGCUGCUCUGGAUGAUAUGAUUAUGGAUGGUACUGAUUUGAAACUGACUCGACAAUCGACAAACUUUUAUGGAUUAUCUCCAGAUAUGAUUGGACUCUGGUCAAAGGCAAAUGAUUACUAUUUCCGAUCCAUUGCUCGUUUGACUCAUCUUCGAUCUAUUGGUACUACUCAAGUUAGUAAAGAUUUAUCCAUGUUGGAAGUUGAAAGAAGCAUGGCAGCUACCGAACAUAUGUUCUCUCUAGUGACCAAGGAACGAUCCAUCAUGUCUCGAUUUGAAAGCAAGUUACAAGUACUACAAGGUGUCUCUGUUCAGUUGGCUUCUCUUUUCGAACAUCAUUCUUCAUCGAUUGCGGACAAGUCUCUAUUAUCCACUGAUUCUACUCUUGGUGGACGUUUGACGACUCACAAAUUCUAUGUUGAUCAAAUCACUUCUAUGCUUCAACAAGCUAUGACUACCAUGAAACUUCAAGACACAUCUGUCAAGGACCGCACAGCUAUCGAUCAAGUUCAUGGAUUAUGGAAUGGUAUGAUCAAGAUGCAACAUGGAACAGAUCAUAUCUUUGGUCAUCGUUAUCUUUAUCCUCAAGCGUUAUCUGGUGUGGUAUUACUUUCUGAAGACAUUGCUGUUCAAUUGGAAGAAGAUAUCUCUGGAUUAUCGUCCGUAUCAACAUCAUUAUUGGAAAUUGUGCAAGAUCAACAUCAAUUCUGCCAUAUAUUGUAUCCUAUCAUUACUCAAAUCGAGCAAUACUUGGACGAGCAACCUGAACAACGACAAUUACGACAGCCUCUUGUGGAUGGCAGUGAUGAUGAAAAUACCAUGUUGUCUUUACGGGAAAAGGCGUAUGCUCUUGUGGAUGCUAUUCUUGUGACAGUUCAGGAUUUGAAGAAGGCAAAGGAUUCAACAACUGACAACAAUGCAACCAAAAAGAACGACGACGAUGUUGAUGAUGAAAUGCAAGAUAUGGAUGACAUGACAGAUGGUUACAUCAAAAUGAAACACAAUCAACAAUUCACACUUACCAAUGCUCUCCAUUUGGAAGUUCUGACAAAGCGUUGUAUCAGUUUGUUAUUGACUGCCCAAAGACUCUGUUUGCAUGAACGUGACUCACUCAAUUCGGUUGGCUUAUUAGAAAUCAAGGAUCGUUUACAACAGGUUUAUCCAUUCUUACAGCAAUACAUGUUAUUGACUCAACAUACUCUUGGUGAAAUUCUGGCACAUCACAAAUCUUUGGCGAAAAUGACUUAUUGUCUCAUCAACUCGUUUACAAUCAUUCUCAGUAAAGGUUUUUGUAUGCCUGAAGGUGCAUCGGAUGAAGAAGGUGAAGCUGAUGGUACUGCUACUGGUACUGGUAUGGGCGAAGGUGAAGGCAACAAGGAUGUCAGUGAAGAAAUCGAAGACGAAGAACAGGUGUUGGGAACUCAGAAUGAAGAACAAUCCAAGGAUGACAACAAGCCUGAAACCAAGGAAGAAAAGAACGGUCUGGAAAUGGAAAAUGACUUUGAAGGACAACUGGAAGACAUGGAACCUGAUGAAGAUCAAGAUAGUUCUGAUUCUGACUCUGAUUCUGACAAGGAAGAUCCUGAUGAACAGAUUGGUGACGUUGAUGAUAUGGAUCCUGAUGCCGUGGAUGACAAGAUGUGGGGCGAAGAACCUGAAGAAAGUCUCAAAGAAAGUGACAAGACGGUGGAUCAAGGACAAAAUCAACAAGAUCAAAAGGAAUCUGAUAUUGUUGCUCAAGAGGAAGAUGACAACCAACCUAAACAGCAGAACCAAGGUGACAAGGCGGAUGAUAAAUCUGACCAAAAGGAUGAAUCAAUUGACCAACCUGAAGACAAUGAUGAUCAGCACGAGGAAGGUGAUGAUGUAGAGGACAACGAAGGUACUGGUGAAGACGAAGAUGAAGCAACUGAAAAUCAAGCUGGUGAAAAAAUGAAUGCCGAUGUACCUGAAGCAGAGACCUUGGAUCUCCCUGAUGACUUGGACAUGGAUGGCGGUGAUGAUAACAAUGAAGAUGAAACCAUGGAAGAAGGUCAAGAUGAAGGUUUUGAAGAUAGCAUGGAUAUCGAUGAAUCUGCUACCAAUGCUGAAACAGAACAAGAUGAAGGUGAUGCAUUCGAAGACGCUUUGGACAAUCAACCUCAAGAAGCCGUUGAAGAGGACGCAAUGAACCCUGAGAACGAUGAUGACCAAAAUAUGGAUGACGCUACUGCCCAAGUGAAGGAUGAAGAAGGUGAAGAACCAGAAGAAGAAGAAGAAGAAAUAAAAGAUGAACAAGGACAGGAUGCAGACAACAAUGGCGACAUGGAACAACAAGAUCAACAACAACAAGGUGCCACCAUUGAAGAAGAGGAUGAUACUGAAACCAAGGGUCAAAAUCGUGAACAACCCAAUAGUGAAGCUAUUGCUGACAAUCAAUUUGGUGUCCAAGGUGAAGCUGGAAAAACUAGUGCAAGUUCUCAUGGUCAAAAAGAAGGUGAAGAUGAAAAUGAUGGUGACAACAAUGAAGAUGAUACUCAAGCCGAUAUGGAGCAGCAAAAGUCUGGUGUAGCCGAACGUGGAUCCAAUCAAGCCAAGGACGAUGAACAACAUGCGGAUGAAAAGGAUGACAAAAAGGACAGCACCAAGACAAAUCCUCAACGAAGUUUAGGUGAUGCUCUGGAAAGCUGGCGUCGACGAUUAGGUGAUUUGACAGAUGGCAAUGACGAGGAAGAAGAAGAAGAAGAAGUCAAGAAGGAUGAAACUCAAGAAACCGAUGCCCAAGUGAAAGAAGACAAUGCAUUUGAAUAUGUUCGAAACGAUGAAGAUGCUCACGAUAUGCAAACUAUGGGUAAUGCUUCUGCUGAUCAAAUGCAAGACUUGAAACUCGGUGCUAUGGAUGAAGAAAUGGAAGAAGCGGAUGAAGGUCAACAGGCUGGUGAAGAAAUGGAUCAAGAUGAACCUAUGAACUCUGACAUCAAUACCAUGCCUUUACCGAAGGAAAGUUUGGAUCAUCAAAAUCAAGACAGUUCAGAUCAACAUGAUGGUGUCAUUCUCAGCAAGCAAUUACCAAACAAUGGAUCAUCUAUUGAUGGUGAUGAAGAACAAAUACAUGGAUUGACAGUCGAUGAAUCUGUGAUUGCUCGUGACCCAUUGGAUCAACAAGAUAUUGAACGAAUGCGUGAAGAAUUGGAAAACAAGGUAUCUGAAUGGCGUGAAGAAGGUCGCGAUAUUCAACAAGCCCGUGAUCUUUGGCAAGGAUACGAAAAUUUGACACAUGAUUUGGCAAUGGGACUUUGUGAACAACUUCGAUUGAUUUUGGAACCUACUUUAGCCACGAAAUUGAAAGGUGAUUACCGUACUGGCAAACGACUCAAUAUGAAGAAAAUUAUUCCCUAUAUUGCAAGUCAAUUCAAGAAGGACAAGAUCUGGCUUCGACGUACCAAACCAAGCAAACGUCAAUAUCAAGUGAUGAUUUCUGUGGAUGAUUCUAAAUCGAUGUCUGAAUCUCACUCUGUACAACUUGCUUAUGAAACUCUUUCAUUGAUCUCCAAGGCAAUGUCUCAACUGGAAGUAGGUGAUCUCUGCAUUACAUCUUUUGGUGAACGUAUUCGACUCUUACAUCCAUUUGAUCAACCAUUCACUGCCGAAUCUGGUGCUUCUGUAUUACAACAAUUCACAUUUGCUCAACAAAAGACCUAUGUCAAGAACCUGGUGGAAAGCUCAUUGUCUCUCUUUGAAAAUGCUCAAGGUGGUGCUUCUCACAAUGCUGAAUUAUGGCAACUUCAAUUGAUUAUUUCGGAUGGUAUAUGUGAAGAUCAUGAAGCAUUGAAGGCUCUAGUACGACGUGCAAUGGACGAACAUGUGAUGAUCAUCUUUAUCGUGGUGGACAACAAACCUGAAAGUGAUUCUAUCUUGAAUAUGACCAAUGUGAAAUAUGCAACUGUCAAUGGCAAAUUAUCUUUACAAAUGACUCCUUACCUUGAAACUUUCCCUUUCCAAUACUUUAUGGUGUUACGUGAUAUCAACAGUUUACCCGAAGCUUUAUCUGAUGCUCUCCGUCAAUAUUUCAGUUUUGUUGCCGCUUGA